GAGACAUUCGUCCACUGUCCGAUAUUUUUGGCACAAUGUGUACUCCAGUGGACGAAUUCUGUGCUUGCCCUCAGAGUAUAUAAGCCUCCCUGGUCCAACAAAUGGAUUCCCCCCAUUGUCGUCUACCAACGUCUACGUAGCAUCUGCCAAACGUCUGCCCAGCGUCUACCCAGCGUCUACCUAGCUCUACUCAACGUCUACCAUAGUCUAUUGACUCUUAGCUUGAUCCAAUCGAUCGCUUUUGCAAUACCAAUACCAAAUACACCCAGAGUCUCCAUUCACACUUAUCUGAAAUGGACUCAUUCACCGUUAUCGAAUUCACAACCACCCACCAAAUCACAACCACCGACUCCCCAUCCCUGACCACCUCGCAGAGCGAGGACGCCUCAGUCAUGGUCAACUUUGAACACGACAACAACGGUUCUUCGGGAGUUGGUUGGUUCUGCGUUAUUGCAUAGAGGAUUGGGCUUAGCGCUGUGUUGAGGAUUAGAAGAGAAGUUACAUCCUUCUUCGUCGUCUUAUGGGAUUGUAUCAAAGUCGGAUGUGCCAUAUUUAUUCGCCAUCCACCGUGUAGGAGUUGCAGAGUUCUUAAAUCUUCGUAUUCAAAGGGUCACCACGGUGAAGAGUUAUUGUUUCAGCUAUCUUUAUUCACUAUGUCUUUCCGUUUCUCUUUUUUCUUUUCGUUAUAAUCUCUUACUCUCUGGGCAUCGUUUUGCAAGCCCGUGUUUCUUACUCAAUCCAAUCCUAUGGCACUGUAUAUCAACAUGUUCACUUAUCUUUCACUUAUGUAUCGAAAGCCAUCUCAAUCUCAACACAUACCAGUACUUAGUGACACGUACAUCGUUCCACUAUUUUCUACGUUUCAAGGGUUGCCAAUCAUAAUCUUAACCCGUUCCAGUACUUACCACUAUGCACAUUUCUUCCUAAAUCCAUUUCCCUAAACCCCCAAUGUUGCUACUAUGUUUGUCUAAGCUAUAUGUGUGAAU